AUGGCGUCACUUUCAAGGGGGCUUUGCCAGUUGAGGUGCCAUAGACACCUUGCCAACCCGCAAUGGCAUCAUCAGGUAUGGCGCCCAGCAGCGAUUUCCCCCUGCGUCAGACACCUCAACACCGACGCAAGAACCGUCGACGCCUCCAUCGCCAACUCGCUGGCGCCAGUCGAAACAGUCCAAACCCCCUAUCAAGGCAUCCAGCAUGCCCGAACCGUUCCCGCAACCCCGUCCUAUUUCUCCCGAGAGCCCCAGUUCAACGAUUCCUACAUCCGCAUAGCAAACCUGCUGAAUCGUUAUCAACACCUCCCUACCGUGUCGCCCGGCGAGGCACCGCAGGUUCCCUGGAUGAAGCUGGAGGAGAUGCGCGCUCAAAUGGGUGAGCCCAUCAAGGCCCUUCAUUACGCCAAGGUCCUUCGGGUAGCCAAGAGGCUGAAUCUCAUUGAACCUACCCUUCGCCCGGCCGCGGUCAAGCUCGCGCUUCAGGAGUUCACUCGAGACAUCAACCCGUUUUCGAACCUGCCGAGGCCAGUGACCGUGGACAAAUUCGGUCGAGCUGUCGGCGUAGGGAAGCGAAAGGCUUCGACGGCCCGCGCGUUCCUGGUGGAGGGGAACGGGGAGGUUCUUGUCAACGGAAAGCCUUUGAACCAAGCCUUUGGUCGUGUUCAUGACCGUGAGAGCGCUCUUUGGGCCCUUACUUCAACCGAACGGCUAGAUAAAUACAACGUGUGGGUUCUUGUGGAAGGUGGUGGCACUACCGGCCAGGCUGAGGCUAUUACACUAGCAGUCGCGAAAGCCCUGCUCGCUCACGAGCCAGCCCUGAAGCCAGCCUUGAGAAAAGCCGGCUGCAUCACGAGAGACCCGAGAACUGUGGAGAGGAAGAAGCAUGGCCAUGUCAAGGCCCGCAAGAUGCCGGCAUGGGUGAAGCGAUGA